AUGCUUCCCAACUCCCCACUAAACCGUGGGCUGGUAUCUUUCUCAUUGGGCUUUCUUUUGGUGUUUUCACUUCUAGUGUUCCACCUCCGCGAGACAUGUUUUCGGGAUCCAUCCUCGAUCUUCUUCCGUCCCGAACAUGCCCGAGUUCUUUCAUAUUCAGCAUUUCGCAGAACUCAGGCGCGGAAACACGCCGCCCAAGCCGGAGUGCAUGAGCCAGUGAAGUGGUCCAACGCGACAGAGGGCGUACACCCGGAGCUGUGCAUCGCGAUUGGCUCUGUCAGCCGGCAGGGGUUUUCUUAUCUGAAGGAGACGCUUGGGAGCGUUCUGGAGGGGCUCGACGACGUCGAGCGCAGCAGCGUAUACGUGGUUGUCUUUCUUGCGCAUACCGACCAGACAGAGCAUGAGGACUUCGGACAGCCAUGGCUACGAAACAUGGCCGACUCUCUGCCAACAUAUCCCCAAGAUGCAGCUAUGCUAGAACUCGUAAGGAAGUUGGAGAAGGAGAACGACUACCCAGCGCACGCAAGAAAACAGAAGAUCGAUUAUUCGGUGCUUCUGGACGAGUGUGCAAAGGUUCAUCCCGAGUACACCAUGACGCUUGAAGACGACGUCAUCGCGCUAGACGGAUGGUUUCACAGGAUGCGUGCCGCCCUACAGACGGCUGCGCAACGGACCAGGGACAUGGGCCGGAGCAGCUUCCUGUACAUGCGCAUCUUUCAUGAUGGGCGGUUGCUCGGGUGGAACGCGGAGGAAGCCCCAGUCUACAUAUUUUACAGCGUCGCCACAGUCAUUCCUCAGCUUGUGGUGCUCUGGUAUCUGCGGUGGCGUUUUGCUGCAGUGCAGAAGGCCGUGCCCUUGCAGUUGUUGCUGCUGGUUUAUGGGAUAUGUAUGCCAAUGAUGAUCGGGCUCUUUUUCGCUGCCGGCAGAAGCUGCAUGUUGCCAAAACCUCCUGGGGUGAGCCUGAUGCAGCAGUAUGGCUGCUGUGGCCAAGGCCUGGUUUUUCCACAAGAUCAGGUCAACCGACACCUGCUCCCAAUGUACAGCAACAGCAACGACAGCCAUGCAGCGGUUGACACAUUUUUGGAGGACUGGGCAGAUUCACGGGAUGAGCUUAGAUGGGCUGUCAGCCCUGUGUUGAUCCAACAUGUUGGUGGAAAGAGCUCACAUGGUGCGGGAGAUCAGCGGUUUGGUCAGCUUACUGACGAUAUGCCCUUUGAUUAUGCUUUCGAGAGCAACGACCCGGUCGAGCUUGCGAAGGAACACCAAAUAUGGAGCGAUGGGCUGAGGAAGGAAUUGAUGAAAGGCAAGAUUAUUGAAUGA